AUGGCCCUCGACGUCUCUGACGUUGUUGCCUCCAUCUCGUCCCUCACCGAGUCGCUCCACGGCGGAGCGUUGCUUGGUGUCUGCAAGAUUGCUCUCAAGCUCUACUUGGCUGUCAAGCUUGCCGAAGAAAACACCAAAUCCUGGGGCACCCUCGCAGCAAAGUCCUAUAGCAUACUCUUUACUCUCUCCCAGUACCAGAGCGACAGUCCCCUGUUCCAUCAGCAAGCGCAUCGUCUCGUUGUCUUUCACCAGCAGAUCCAUGCCUAUUUCCAAGAAAAGAUCGAAGCUGUGUCCAAGCUCGAGCGUGUGCUCAUGGGAGGCUCUGUUCGCAAGAGAAUCGAGCAGUUCUGCUCUGAGCUGGACAGCCUCUGGCAGAGCGUCAUGUUGGCCCUUACGGUGACCGUCGCCAGCCGAGUCGAUGCCACUCUGGACAUUGUCCAGGCGAUCCGCGACGACGAAGACCGGGAGAAGCGGUUCUUUGAAACGCUGGAACCCAUGCUGCAACGAAACCAGGAGCAGGUUCUCGCCAAAGUGGGCAUCCUCUUGGACCAGCAGCAAGAUUGGCAGAUCCGAAACACAACUGCUGUCCUGCAAGCGUACGUUAUGGAAGCGUCGUCCGAGCAGAGCGACAAAGGCAUCCCCACCGCUCUCCUGCGCCUCCUCAAGGCACAGUCCAAAGUCUCUGGCAUGAUGCGGGAUGAACCCUGGCGGAUCCUCCCAAAGCACGUCGUCAACUGGUCGCCGCAGCCGAUUGCUGAAGGAGGUUUCGGGGCCGUCUAUCGGGCAACCUACCAUGGCGCUGAUGUUGCUGUCAAGCAGCUCCAUAGCAAAAUGGACUCGCGCCAAAUCCUCAAGUUCCAUGAGGAAAUAUCCCACUGGCACCAACUCGACCACCCGCACGUCCUCAAGCUGCUCGGCGCCUGCGAUCUGGUGGAGAAACCCUUCAUGAUAUCUGCAUUCAUGGCCAACGGAUCCCUCGCCGACCUGGUCUCGCAUCCGUACAAGCCCAUCCCGGUGGAACAAAAGUAUCGCCUCAUAUACGAGGUCUCCUCUGGAAUGGCCUAUCUCCACAGUCGCAGCAUCGUCCAUGGUGACUUGAAAGGAUCGAAUGUCCUGAUCAACGAAGCCGGUCGGGCCCUCAUCGCAGACUUUGGAAUGGCUCGCACCCGCAGCAUCUCCUUGAGCUUCUCGACUGCCAAAGCGGCGCCCGACAAUAGCCGUGGAACCAUGGCGUACAUGGCACCAGAGCUCUUUACCACCCGCUCCUCAUUCAAGUCAGAUGUGUAUGCAUUCGCCAUGACCGCGUACGAAGUAUUUACCGACGGAACAGUUCCGUUUGAGGACGAAGGUAUCCACGUCGACAUAUUUCCCGCCUGCCUCGCGCAAGGUCGCCGUCCUGAACGUCACCAGGGCGUCCCAGAUGACGCCUGGGAUUGGAUGCAGCUAUGGUGGAAACAAGCUCCGGAUGAACGACCCGAUUUUACAACGAUCAUGAUGACCUUGACCGUGUACAAGAUGGUUGUCCCGGAGCUGCCUGGUCGCCUUGGCAUCGGUAGCCCCGGCAUCGGCGCCAGAGCAAGCAAAGCCAAUCCCGGCAAAACCACCGACGCCGGCACAAGUUACAACAUGGAGCGAGCCAGAAACCUCGUCAAGGACAAACCUGCGUUCCAUCCAGACUGGAUCCAGGCCACAGCGCUCUUUCACCAGAGCAUCGUCUCUGGAAACACCGAGGCCCUCAAUGACCUUGCCUGGGCCAAUUUCCUCGGCGUCGGGGUGCAACAGAACAUGUCAACUGCACUGACCUGCUGGAGCGAUGCCUCCAGAGGAAACGAGCUGGCCAAGCCUGUGCCGUAUUAUGCCAGCGAGGCAACGUUCAUGCUUGGCUGGCUCCACUAUCUGGGCCUCGGCAUCCCCAGAAAUAUGCGCCAAGGGUCUGCACUGUUUCAGUGCAGCGCCGCCAGCGGCUUUCAGCUGGCCAAAGAGGCCCUCUCGCCCAACGGUCGAAGCAGUAUAUGUGGCAUCUUCACGGACAACCCCGAUGCCCAGCAGUUCUUCAGACACUGUUCACUCCGGCCUGAAGGCCAUUGGCUGUGCACCUACCUGCGCGCAAUCUGCCACUUUUACGGGUUCGGAACAGAUCCCAAUCAGCCCAAAGGCUACCAGAUGAUGCGUGAGCUCGCCAACGCCGGUGUCGAUAUUGCUCAGUGCUUUGUCGGCGAAUGCCUCAGGGACGGAUAUGGCACCACCACCAACAGCAGCGACGCCUUCCGCUGGUUCAUGAAAUCUGCAAACCAAGGCAACGCAGCCGCUCAGAAUUGGGUCGGCAUCUGCUACUACCAUGGCAAAGGUACCAGCCAGAGCGUUGAGUCCGCCAUCGCCUGGUACUCCAAGUCUGCCAAGCAGCAUCACCCAUGGGGCCUCCACAACCUCGCCGAGUGUUACCAAAACGGCAAAGGCGUCAAGCAAGACUUUGCCAAGGCCGCCGAACUCUUCCACCAGGCCGCUCUUGAAGGCAACGCAAGCUCACAGAACAUGCUGGGCUCGCUCUACUACAAUGGGAAGGGUGUGGUCCAGGACCACCAAGCCGCCGUCCAGUGGUUUCUCAAGGCAGCCGAGAAUGGACACUCGUGGGGCCAACACAAUUUGGGACAAUGCUACCACGACGGAUGCGGAGUCAAGAAGGACCACGCCAAAGCCGCAGAAUGGCUGCUGAAGGCUGCUCGAUCGGGCAACGCCAGCUCCCAGAACCUGCUUGGAUUCCUCUAUUCCCAAGGCCUGGGGGUGCCCCGGAACGACAAGAUCGCGGCCGAAUGGUUCCGCAAAUCGGCCGAGGCAGGAAACGCGGGGGGACAACACAACAUGGGCAAUAUCUAUCACGACGGUCGGGGUGUCGAGAAAAACUUGGCCGAGGCCGCGCGAUGGUACGCCAGAUCGGCCGAGCAAAGCUACGUAUUCGCACAGAUCAAGCUGGGCGAGUGCUAUCAGCGAGGGGAAGGCGUUCAGCAAGACGACGAGACCGCCGUAGGACUGUUCCAAGCAGCCGCAAAGAAGGGGAACCUCGAUGCCCAAUACCGCGUGGGCGAAUGCUACUUGAAUGGCCGAGGCGUCGGGAAGAGUAAAUUCAAGGCUGCCCAGUGGUUUCGGACCGCCUCCGCCUCUGGCCACAUGGCUGCCCGCACCAAGCUCCAGCAGCUCGAGGCACGUCAGGGCUGA